AUGAAUCACUCCAGACCGUCCAGCGAUGAGCAUGCCAGCACCUUCCCCGUUGGAUCCAGGGUGACGUACACGUGCCGCGAAGGCGCCAUCAAAAUCCCCGGGAGUUUCUGCCACUUACGGCGGCUGCUCGGCAACGGCAUCACCAUCCUGGCAAGGUGCAAACCCGCUUCCCUGCGCUGCUGUUCGUCAGAGCUGCUGAUGGGUGCAGGGUCCGUGCCUGUCAUCGAGGGGGUCAGUCGGACGGUGGCUGGAGCCCAGGAUGCUCGUGCAGCUCCCGAGCCCCGGCCGGCGGAGGCUGCGCAGGCGGCCCCGCGGCACACGCACGUGGCUCCUUAUUUCCUACUAACAGCUUUGCCUGUGCACUUCACGCCCCUUCACCUGCGCUUCGCAAAAGAUGCAUUCAGCAGAGUAGCAGCCUGGUAUGAAAACAGAAGGAGCUGUGCUGCCCCAACAAGGUUGCGGUUUGCUGCCCUGUCCAAGGCGGACGAGAGGAUUAAUUUCUUUCCUGUUGGGGCCAACGUGAGCUACGUCUGCCGCCCUGGCUACGAGAACAUCUCAGAAAGUUCCCCCACCAGCACUUGCCUUGAAAACCUGGCGUGGUCGGAAGCUGCUGAGCUGUGCAGGAGGAGAUCCUGCGGCGAGCCGGGAGCGCUGCCCGGGGGCAGGGUGGUGGCUCUCACAGACUUGCAGUUCGGUGCAAGAGUGAACGUGUUCUGCGAAGACGGGUACAAAUUAGAUGGGAGUCACUUCAUCCAGUGUCAGCUGAAAGGAAACGACGUUGAAUGGAGUAAACUUCCAACUUGCGAAUUAAUUACCUGCUCUUCACCUCCUCAAAUUAGCAACGGAAAGCACGAUGGCAAAGGUGUAGAAAAAUUUGCUUAUAACUCAACAGUGACUUACAGCUGUGACUCUGGCUUCCAACUCAUUGGAAAUGUGAGCAUCCGUUGUACGAGUUCCCGUGGAAAUGCCAUCCGACCGUCUAAGAAGGCUUUCACACAGGAAAUGAAGCUCAGCCUUUAUAAAAAGUCACUCCAAAAUACCAUCUCCUUCUCCCGUUCUUCUUCUUUCUCCAAGACACCAG